GAGCGAGAGAGAGAGAGAGAGAGAGAGAGAGAGAGACGGGAAUAUCAACACAAAGCAGAAUUAGAAGCAACGUGCGAUCGUCGGACUGUCGGCUGUGCUGCAGGGGGUGGGAGCUGAAAUGCGCAUGAUCUUAACAACGCCGGAGCGAGAGACUUUGAGUGGAAGUGAACUAACGUUAGGCUCCCAGAAGUGAGAAGCAGAGAUUUGAGUCCAGGUUUUCGUCUGAUUUCCAUGAGCGUGCUUGUUCUUCUGGAAAGUGCUGGGCACAGGGGGGGCCAUAUGGAAUUGCGAUAUAUAAACUAGAACCCCACUUUGAAUAUGAAGGAAAAGACUUUACGAAAAAUUCCAAGAUCUUAGUUAAGGGGAUAUGAACGCAGAUCUUUGGAUUUCGCCUCGAUUUUUUUCCCCUCUGUCGGGUUUAGUUUUUGCGUCUUUUGGGGAUGUUUGCGAGUUGCGUCUCUGCGGCUUCAGUUCGGAUACUGACCCGCCUCUGCGCCCUGGUGCUGGUUGUCGCGCUGGGACUCGGUUCAGAGCUGCGGGUUCGAGUCCGGCUCGUUGACGGACUGGUGACCGAGGAGGUUUUGGAGGCGGACAGUGAGAGGGACUCGAUAUCACUCGAAUUCAAGCAGGGAGAUGGGACACUCAUCACGUUUCUGGCGGACUUUAAACAGGAUGUGAAGAUAUUCCGAGCGCUGAUCCUGGGCGAGCUGGAAAGAGGGCAGAACCAGUACCAGGCCCUGUGCUUCAUCUCUCGCCUCAGCCGCAAUGAGAUCAUCCCGAGCGAGUCCAUGGCCCGGCUCAGACAGAAAAAUCCUCAGGCCAUUCGCUUGGCAGAGGAGCGGAGGGGAUUGGAGCAGCUGGAGAUGAGCGCUGCGGUCAAUCUGAGUCAGGCCUCUCAACUCAGCUCCCACAUUCACAACAUGUGCAGUGAGGCCCGGGAGGCCGUCUACACCAGGGAGUCCGAUGUCAGACACUGGCUGGACCAAGGAGUGGAUGGCUCCAUAUUCGAGGUCCUGCCCCAAACAACAGAGGUGCCCAGCUUUCAGGCCUGUCAUUCUACUAAAGACUUGUGGCAGCCCUGUCUCUGCACAUACAGCCUGCGUCUGGAGUGGUACCCAUGUAUGCUGAAGUACUGCCGCAGCCGGGACUCUACAGGCAAAGGCUCGACCUACAAGUGUGGCAUAAAGAGCUGCAGCAAGGGCUACCAUUUUACUUACUAUGUUCCACAAAAACAGCUGUGUCUAUGGGACGAAGAGACCUAGCAUUUAGUUCUGGAUUGUUAAGAAAAGAGAAAUGCUUCUUUUUUUUUUUUUUUUUUUCUUUUUUUUUUCUCCCAGCCAAACCAAUGCUGUCCCACCCAAGCUAUUCAAAGUAAACACAUGUAACACUGGACCUCGGUUUAUGUGAUGUGAGUUAAAUGUCUCAGGUGGGGAGAUCCAGUUGUUCAAGGUGAAACAGAAACGAAUUCAGGUUCCAAUUGAGACCAAAACCUUUGAGGAAGGAGAGCUGCAGCACGUUGUUCGAAGAGGGCCCACUGACUUUAAGCCUUUUCUGGGGGAAAUGACAUAUCGUUAUUAACUAUAAUGUCACUUUUGUGCCUUUUUUUUUUUUUUUUUUUUGGGAGAAAUUAUUGGAGCAGAUUAUAGAUGCCAACAACAAUAACCUCCCAAACAAGCUCCGGUAUGCACAAAGCUGGACGGUGCAUUUCUGCUCAAUUAAAGUUGAGCAGAGGAAUAACAGAGUCCCACUCUGAUCACAGGAGUCAAACUGGACAAACAAAAUCUACCAUCCUGGUGAAGGAAAAUUUGGAUGGUGGAGUCUUCUUCCCUAUAAAGCUCUGUGAAUAAACUGUUUGUAGCCAGCUUGUUAAUCACGAUGUAAGCUGGCAGGCAACAGAAAUGCUUCUUCAAUGCUGGCUUUAUUUAUUUUGGUUGCAAAGUGAAAUUAUUGAGGACUAUUUUUGUAUCUUUUUGCAUUAAAUAAGCUCUUGCAGUCAAAGCCACAGGUCCUCAGUAACAAGUAUCCACACACAUUUCAUUUGGUUUCUAGGCUCAUCCAUAAGUCAUGCUACUUUGUUGCCAAGUUUUCAUGGUUUACAGAGAGUUUGGAUAAACACAUUAAUUAUCUUCUCAUUAGGAUACUUGUAGUUCUGCUUUGCCCAUGAAUACCCAACAUGUCCAUCACUCACAUUCUCAUUAUGUUUAAAAGUGCCAAAUAAACCAAAGUCAAAGAAAUUACUGUCAAAAGAAGGGUGUAAUGUUCCAGUGUAUUGAACCAGACUCUUCUCUGUGGUGUUUUUCCAUGUUGGGAUUCACUAAAACUGCAGUAUAGCCUUUUUAAUAAUAUAUACUGCCAUCUUCUGGUGAAACAGUGCUUCUGUUUAUUAUGUUUUCUGUCACUUCCCAAUUUUUUUUUCAGUUGUGUUUGUUCAUCUCAGCAGUUAAAUGUCUAAUUUAUACAACUCGGAUCCCUAAUAAUAUUUGAUGCGUAAUUCAACUUGUGGGACCAAAUUUAAUUUUGUCUGUCUGGUCUUAAGAGAAGUCGGUUAAAGUAUGAUUUGGUUUUUUCUUACUUCCAUCUUCAUUUCAGUCUUUACUGCCAUAUCAAACGAUGUAUGUCAUGCUAACUAAAGAACCAAAUGAGUGGAACAUUUCUAUUUGUAACCUUUACUGGUGAUAAAGUGCCUUAACAUUUCCACUGAUAUCUUUGCUAUGUAACUGUAGAUUAAGUUUGUGAACAUAUUUUUUCUAUGAAAGAGUUUUGAAUAUGUUGGAGAAAAUUAAAGGAGAAAAUUAAGCAGUUCGGUAAUGUACCAUAUGAGAGUUUUACAUGCAUUUCAAUAAAGCCUUUCUUUGCACUGCA